AUGACUACCGCAUUAGAAAUCGAUACCAAUAUUGAUACCGUUCAUACUUUUUCUCAGGAGGACAAGUUGCCAAAGCUUCCCCUGCCUGAUUUGAAGAAUACUCUAAGAGAUUUGAAGAAAAGUUUGGAACCUUUAUAUUACGCUGAUGGGUAUUAUAAGCAUCCAUUAGAUCCUGUCCAAAUAAAAGGCCUAACAUCUGCACUCUCGACAUUCUUAGGCUCAGAUGCUGCAUUAAAGCUACAAGCAAAGCUAAGAACUUACUACGACAAUAAUGAUUGUUAUUUGGACAAGUUACAUCUAGAUAUAAAUAAUCAUUCAUCCUCUAGAGAAAUUGACGAUGAUAUUCUUCCAAGAAACCCAUUUCUGAUUCUUGCUGAUGAUGCUGUACCUGAUAUUACUCAGUCUGCCCGUUCUGCCGUGUUGGUACAUUCUGCCCUAAGAUUCAUUUCUGCCUUGAAACAAGAAUUACUACCACCUGAUACCAAUAACAAGGAUGUUCCUCUAUCGAUGGUUCCAUAUUUGAAUUUAUUUGGGACAACUCGUUGCCCUGUUUUUCAAGAAGGAGAAGUAGAGAAUUUUGAUCUAGAUAAACCUUACACUGCCUCAGAUCUAGACAAUGAGGACUCAUUUUUAAGUGAGGAUGAAUAUGAAGAUGAAUCUGAUGAUCAAAAUAAAACUAAAUCAUUUACCCAGAGCAGGCCUACAAGUAGCAACUCUGCUGUUUCAGAUGAUGAAGAUGACAUCUUCACUCGUCAUGGUAUUACCAUUGAUCGCCACCCCGAUUCAAAACAUAUCCUGGUUAUCUCUAAGGGACAGUAUUAUACCAUUGAAGUUCUUGAUGAUGAAAAUAAGAUUUUAUACACAGAGGGUAGACUAAGUAUUCUAUUCAAUCAAAUUUUAACAGAUUCAGAGGAGAGUUACUCAUUCAAAAGGUCUACCGCCUUAGGAAGCUUAACAUCGCAUUCCUUCAGAAAUUGGAAAUACGCACGUAAGAGAUUGCAAAAGAGGUACCCUCAAGAAUUACGUCUCAUUGAUUCAGCUCUAUUUGUCCUGGUCUUGGAUGAAUCUACAGAGCAAGCAAAUGAAGAAAAUACGAAAAGAUUGUUUUAUGGUACAUCGAUCAUAGAUAAUAAAGGUCACCAGGUUGGUUCGUGUGUCUCUAGAUGGUACGAUAAGUUACAACUUGUCGUAACCAAGGAUGCUACUGCUGCAGUUAUUUGGGAUUCGUUUACAUGUGAUGGAUCCGUGGUUCUAAGAUUCAUCUCUGAAACCUUCACAGAAGCUGUAUUAAGAUUAGCUAGAGAGGUGAAUGCUGGAGAUCCACAAUUUUCUUUAUGGCCAAAUGUUAUGCCAUCAGAAUUGGCACCCAAACCAGCUGAUUUCCAUCCAUCUUCAAUUGUUAAUAAAAUAGAUUGGUCAUUUAGUAACAUCCUAAACACUCACGUUCAUUUAUCAGAAACGAAAUUGGCUGAUUUAAUUUCCAAGCAUGAUAUCGUUCACAGAUCAAUCUCUGUGGGUCGUAGGUCAGCUCAAAGGCUAGGUGUUAAACCAGACUCUAUGAUCCAAAUUGCAUUGCAAAUUGCUCACUAUUCUUUAUAUGGUAAAAUGGCCUUUGGAUUUGAACCAAUUUCCACAAGAGGAUUUAAAAAUUCAAGGUCUUCAUUUGUCAAUAUCCAAAAUCAAGAUUUGCUAGAGCUUUGUCAAUUAUUUAUCUCCACUUCCACUGAUAAUCAAACAAAAUUAGAUAAAUUCGUUCAAACUUGUGAAAAACAUAGUGAAAAGGUUAGAAAGGCAAAAUUAGGGGAAGGUUUUGAAAAACAUUUUAAUGCAUUGAAAUAUCUGUACAAAUUCCAUUCGCAUUUUGGUAUUGAUUUCACAGAGGAGGAUGAAAAAAUUGCAUCAGAUGUUUUUAAUAAUACAUUAAUUGCUCCAUUUUCUCAACCUGAGUUGAUCGUGGCAAAUUGUGGUACCUCCGCUACCACACAAUUCGGUAUCACACCAGCUAUUCCACAAGGAUUUGGUAUAGGUUACAUUAUUAAAGAUGAUCAAUGUGAUCUUACUGUGACUUCCCAAUUUAGACAAGGUGACAGGUUGAUCUACAUGCUGAACUAUGUUCUUAAUGAGUUCCGUUCGUACUGGAGAGUUGCUCGUGAAACUUCUCGUAACAAGACAGGAAUCAAGAUAUCACGCUCAGUGGAUAGAUUAUACCAAUUGGAUAAUGCUCUCAAUUCAGUCAUCGAUAAUUCCGAAGGAACGCCAGAAUCAGCCCAUCGUCAUCAUCAUAGCCAUCAUGAUCACAGUCAACAGAAGACAGGUUUUUUUGAUUUAGAUGCCCAUCUUGAUAGUAGUAGGAGCGUUUCCUCUACUCCUUCAUUAAGUAACAUUGCAUCAAGACUGGCGGAAUUGACAGUAACUCGUGACUCGAGUCGUAAUCAUUCCAGUUUAGCACUAUCAGUUCCUACUGUUAAUGAAAAAUUGAACACAGGUCAUCAAAUUCUACAAAUUCACCCUAAUCAUGUUGACGGAUCAUCUGGAAGUGAAGUAUCGACUCCAAAUGAUUCAAGACCGCAUUCAGGAUUCUCAUCGAGGCGUGAUUCGGGAGCUUCGUCUACUAGACCUGAAUCUAAGAGGCAAAACGUUAUCAAUUCUAAAUUUGAUAUUGAUUUUGAUCGUAGCCGUGUCGGUAGGAAGGUAUCUACUUAUGAAUGA